AUGGUCUCACUACAGGUAAUACGCAGUAGGCCUGCAGUUUUCGCUUUCAUCUCCAUCGCCUUUAUACUGGGCUUGGUCAAGUUAUCGCAGUCGCUGGACCACCGACCAUGGACGAGAUACACCUCUGCAGGCGGGCGGAAACCUGAAGGUAAUGGUUUUUGGCCGCUUCGGCAGCAACCGCAACAUGCACAACAUGGAGAGGUCCUUGUUAAACCUACAAACGUCAAUAUCACAGGCAUGGUAUUUUACGGACGACGCAGUCGGGUCGAGUCGAUGCAUUGUUAUGUUGAGAGAAAUCUGGUAGAGAAUGGCGGUUGGCUGGAUGAAGUGCUGUGGUUCGCCAACACAAAGAACAAAGAGGAUCUCGCCUAUCUCGACGAGAUACUUAAGCGGUCCCCGCGUUACAAGAAAGUCCCACUGGACAGAACUGUCGGGUGGCCAGACUAUGCAAAACUGUGGAGGGUGGUGAAAAGGGGUACUGUUUACGUGAAGAUCGAUGAUGAUAUUGUCUGGCUCGCCGACGACGCCAUCCCACACAUGGUCACCACCAAACUAGCAAACCCAGAUAACUUCGCCGUCUCCGCCAACGUCAUCAACGGACCCCCACUCAGUUUCCUCCAUUUCCACCUAGGCGCUCUGCACCCAUUCUUCCCGGAGCUGGAGGAACACGCCACCCACAAGAACCGCAGUGAUUUGCAGAACUGGCGCCCGUCCAGCCACCCCUUCUGGGCCGGCAAGUCCGACUUCGAAUGGUCGUUGGACAAAGAGCCACCAUCUGGCAACACGCAUCGCUGGCUCCGCCUCGAAGACGACAAGAGCCUCUGUCGUACCCCCGUCGCGAAGCUGACGUAUGACUUUUGGGGCCCGACGUAUGAAAGUUGGGCAAUUGCCGCGCAGCAGCAUUAUUCUCUGCUGGAGAAUAUAGAACGUAACACAAUGCAUCUGUACAAGUUCCAACCGCCUUGGAAUAUGCAGGGGCAACGAAUUCGGAUUAACUGCCUUGCCAUUUUAGGAGAUGAUGUUUUGGAUACCGAUGUGGAACAUUGGCCGGAUGAUAGAGGGGAUGAAGAUAUGAUUGUUUUGGAAUUGCCGAAGAAGCUGCAGAGACAUGUCCUGGUUGAGGGCCGCGCUCUCGCUGCGCAUUUUAACUUUAUGCAUCAAGCCAACUCACAUCGACGGAUUUACUCUCUCGGUACAACGCCUACGCAAAGGAAAUGA